GGCAGAGCUGCAGCUGGGACACGUUUCUUCUGCAUAUGGAAGCAUUUCAGGGAUUCUGAUUAAAAACUAAAGGUUUAUUUAUUUAAUGAAUGUAACUAAAGCAGCUUAAUACACGGAUGCACUUUAGCUCCUUCAGCUGAAGCUCUGGAGAAGAGAAGAGAGGAGCUGAAGAUCAGGCUGGCCUGUGGAUGGUGGCUUCCGGACUCUGGUUCCUCUGGUUGAUCAGUAACUGAGUCUCUUUCAGAUCUACAGGUUCCUGUAAACACACCAGGAUGGCAGAAGAGGACCUCAUGUUUACCAUGGAGGAGGUUGACAGCCUUAAAAGGGCUUCAGGCCACCACACGUCCCUGUCAUCUGGUCAUGACAGUUCAGUAGAUGAUGAUGAGGAGGACUUCUUCAUCUUCCCCAUCACUGAUGAUCCGGUCAGUCCCAGCAGAGAGAUCUGUGAUUACCUCCAGAAACGAGUCCACCACAAACAGCAGCUCUCCAGCUCACUGCCCAAAAGCUCAUUCAGCUACCAGAACAAAAAUGCGAGCGAGGCAGAGGUGCACUCACAUUCGGUCAGGUUUGGUUCUUUAACUGAGAAAGGUCGGGCCGCGUGGAAACACGCUAUAGAGAAGGCGAGGUCCAUGCCCGACCCCUGGGCCGAGUUCCAUCUGGAGGAGGUUCCCACCGAGCCCUGUAUACGAUACAGGUACAGUGCUGUUAGUGGUGAAUGGGCUCAGGACCAGGUCUUCAUCAAGAUGUCUUCUCAGCCGUUUGGGAGAGGAGCCAUGAGAGAGUGCUUCAGAACAAAAAAGCUGUCGAACUUCUCGCACAGCCACAACUGGAAAUCGGCGUCGAACUACGUGGCGAAGCGCUACAUGGAGACGGUGGACCGGGACGUUUACUUCGAGGACGUCCGGCUACAGAUGGAGGCGAAACUAUGGGGCGAGGAGUUCAACCGUCACCGCCCCCCUAAACAGGUGGAUAUAAUGCAGAUGUGUGUCCUGGAAAUGACGUCCCGUCCUGGGAAACCACUGUUCCACCUGGAGCACUACAUCGAGGGCCAGUAUAUAAAGUACAACUCCAACUCGGGCUUCGUCAGGGACGAUAACAUCCGCCUCACGCCCCAGGCCUUCAGCCACUUCACGUUCGAGCGCUCGGGUCACCAGCUGAUCGUGGUGGACAUCCAGGGUGUGGGUGACCUUUACACCGACCCUCAGAUCCACACCGAGAUAGGAACCGACUUCGGAGACGGAAAUUUGGGUGUUCGCGGCAUGGCGCUGUUCUUCCACUCUCACCUGUGUAACAAGAUCUGUAAGAGCAUGGGUCUCACGCCCUUCGACCUGUCCCCUGCUGAGGGCGCUCAGCUGGACUGCACCAACAAGCUGCUGCAGUCGGCGAAGACGGUCCUGCGUGGCUGUGAGGAGCAGUGCGGGUCGGGCAGGGUCCGGACCACCUCGCUCAGCCGCAUGCCCCCUCUCCUGUCCCGCCUCUCGGAGACGUCCUCGGCCGACGACGCCCACAGCGAUCCCGACUCGGUUCCCUGUUCCCCCAUGAGCCAGGGCGUGUCUGUGGGCCGCUCGCCUUUCGGCUGGUCAGCGAUGAAUGAAAUGAGCGAUACGGAUAGAAACAGCUUCAACCAUAAGGACUCGGAGAGCGGAGGGGACAGCGGUUACCCGAGUGAGAAGCGCAGUGAGGGAGACCCGGGCGAGCAUAACCCUCGUCCCGUCUACAACAGGCACUACUCGGAGUCGGACGAAGACAGCGUCCGUCGGCUGACGGAGGAGAAGUGGAGCUUCUUCCACUCGUCCCGCGCUCAUGUCCACCGACCGUCCUGCGUGGCCGUGGAGGUGGAGCGGCUCAAUAACCAGUUCCUGGAGAGCAAAAUUGGAAAAUCGAUUCUGGGCAAGGUGCACCUGGCCAUGGUCCGGUACCACGAGGGGGGUCGGUUCUGUGAGAAAGACGCGCCGUGGGAUCAGGACUCGGCCGUGUACCAUCUAGAGAGAGCCGCCAUGUGUGGGGAGCUGGAGGCCAUCGUCGCUCUGGGUCAGAGUUACCUGCAGCUGCCGCAUCACAUCCUGCCUGAGAUCGAGCUCGAGGAUACUGAAGCGAAUCGGAGGAAAGGCUUCACCCUCCUCCUGCAGGCCGCCGAGGCCGGGGACAGACCCAGUAUGAUCCUGGUGGCUAGAGCAUUCGAUACUGGGAUCAACCUCCCACCCAGCAGAGGUAAGGACUGGAAGGAGGCGGUGCGCUGGUACGACUCUGUCCUGAACAUGACCGACUACGAUGAGGGGGGAGAGUUCGACGGGAUGCAGGAUGAACCUCGAUACCUCCUGCUGGCCCGGGAGGCCGAGAUGUACCAGGAGGGCAGUUUCGGCCUGCCUGCAGACCCUCAGAGAGCAGGCGAUCUGUUCACCGAGGCGGCGGACGCAGCCAUGGAGGCGAUGAAGGGCAGACUGGCUAAUCAGUACUACAUGAAGGCUGAGGAGGCCUGGUCAGCCAUGGAGGAGUGACGGGAGCAGAACUGGACUCGUGACUGUUAGCGUUUAUCUGGGGAUUUGUUUACAGGCUCUUUUACAGCGUCGCUCGGUGUGUCGGGGCGUGUGUGUG